AUGGUUGAAGUUUACAAGCUGAGAUGCACUCUAUCGGGUCAUAAGAGCGACGUCCGUGCAGUCACUUGUCUUUCAGAUACCAGGAUUGUUUCUGCUUCAAGGGAUUUAACAGCAAGGACAUGGUAUAUUUCCAAAGAAGGUUGCGAUGGCUGUGAAGAUAUGGUUCUUCUCGGGCAUACGAAUUAUGUAUCAGCUGUGUGUUGUCAAGAUUUAGAUAACGAAUGUCAUAUUCUAACAGGAUCACAUGAUAAACUAAUUCGAGGGUAUAAUUCUAUGUCUCCAGAAGCUCUUUUCACUUUAGAAGGGCAUAAAGAUACAGUGUGUACUUUAGCUGUUGGAAAUCACAAAACCAUAAUUAGUGGUUCUUGGGAUAAAUCAAUCAAAAUAUGGAAGGAAGAAAAGUGUGUUUCUACUCUCACAGGACAUGAAGCAGCAGUAUGGUGUGUACUCGUUAUGUCGGCCGUAAAUAUAACCGGUCAUAUUGAUGAUUUAAUUGUUAUCUCUGGUUCAGCUGAUCAAACUAUACGUAUAUGGUGCCUACGUGGUCUUAAUCAAGAUAUAAGUUCGCCUGACAUAAUUUUAUUAAAUUCUUUAAAUGAACAUAAAGACUGUGUACGUGCCUUGGCACGUAUUGAUGAUUCACGAUUUUUAUCAGCAAGCAAUGAUGCCAGUAUAAGAGCUUGGGAUGCUACUACGGGUAAAUGUAUUGGAGAGUUUUAUGGGCACACAAAUUUUGUUUAUGGAUUGGCUUGUUCACCUGAUUUUCCAAAAUUUGUUUCCUGUGGUGAGGAUAGAAGUAUUCGUGUCUGGCUCUUACCUUCGGCAAGUGAAUGGGCUCCUGAAAAACAUUUUAGUUGCUUUCAAACUAUUCUGUUGCCAUGUCAGUCUGCGUGGUGUGUAGCUAUGGUAUUGAAUGGUGAUAUUAUUGUCGGAGGCAGUGAUUCGAUGAUUCGGAUAUUUUCAUGUGAUUCAACACGACAAGCAUCUUCAGAUAUCUUGAAACUUUAUGAGACAGAAUUAGCCAAUUUUAAGAUUACAGUUCCUAGUUCUUCUGGAGCUGGAGAUUUAGUUUUGAACAAUUUACCGGGAGUUGAGGCUUUAACGAGACCAGGGAAAUCGGAAGGACAGAUCAUGGUCAUUAACGAUAAUGGCCGCUCUGUUUGUUAUCAAUGGUCUUCACAUGAUGCUCGGUGGAUUGAAGUUGGUGAUGUUGUGGGAAGUCAACCUUCUAAUCGUCAAGUUCAUGAAGGCAAAGAAUACGAUUUUGUAUUUACGGUUGAUAUUGAUGAUAGCAUGCCUGGGCUUAAACUACCUUACAAUCGUACUGAAGAUCCCUGGUUUGCGGCUCAUUCUUUUAUUCAAAGACAUGAUUUACCUGCUGGUUAUCUAGAUACAGUUGCUAAUUUCAUUAUUCAAAAUGCAGGACCUCCAAUUAAUCCAGUUGUCAGCAAUGAUCUUUCUCACAGUGAUCCCUUUACUGGAGCACAUCGAUAUAUCCCAAAUAGCUUUUCUUCGACGAUAACCAAGUCCACCACAAAUGGGACGUCGGUUUUUACAUCUCAUUUCCCACCCGAUACCUUUAUAUCUAUGAAAUCAAUCAGCCUUGGUCCUUUAAUGACUAAACUAGAGUCGUUCAAUGUCCAAUCACCGAUUCCGUUAAAUAAUGAAUUUUUAGAAGCAUGUAGAAAAUUCAACAUUGAUGAUUGUACUGAAACUGAAGCUGUUCAUCUUACUACUCAUAUUCUAGAUGCAAUAAACAAGUGGACUCCCGAUACAAUAUUCCCCUUAUUGGAUAUUUUACGGUGUUUAGUCUUUUGGCCGAUAUCCAGUGAUAUUAUAUUUGAAACAACAAAUUGGAAUUAUUUAUUGUUAAUUAGUUUUAACAAUCCUGAUUUGUCAAGUGCAAAUUGUUUAUUGAUGUUACGUCUAUUAGUAAACUCUUUAGCUGCAGAUGGUCCAAGAUUUAUUGACACAAUUCAGCGUCAGUCUUUGUCGUCAUCAUCAUCAUCAUCCUUAACAAAUAGUAGUGAUAAGCCGAACGUUGUACCAAAAUCUUUAAUUACUGCUGUUGGAAUAACUGGGAGAUUAGUUGAACUUGUUAAUGAUAAUAAAUUGCAGUUUGUAACGCGUAAACCACAUCAGGUUGCGUUGGCCUGUUUGAUGUAUAAUAUGUCUGUACUUGUUCAUUUGGCGAAACCGUUUUCUAUCGAGUCAAAUAUAUUUCCUCAACUGCGCUUUAUAUCUGGUGUUUGUAUUCGAAUAAGUCUUAAUAUUCUAUCACUUGCCUUGGAUCAUGGUUGUAGUGGUGUUACACAAUUACACCCUGAAGCUGUAAAUCACUUAUUUGUAUCUAUCGGUACCUGUUUAUUAUCAGUAACUUCAGGAUUAAAUUCAACAGAUGAGCAGUUAAAAACACAACGUAUUCGUAUUCUUGCAUCAGCUAUGAUUGGUUUGAAAGAUUUACCUCAAAGUGUUGAUAACGAUGUAAAUAUUGAUAACAAUGUUGAAGAAUUUACCGCCUGGGAAUCAGUUCGUAAAAUUAUUAAUUAUUGGAUAACAACACCUACAGUUUGUUCUAAUUUACGAGCAUGUGCAUCUCAAUUACUUUCAAUUUUAGAAUAA